AUGAGAUCACUAACCACCACGCCAACUUGGAAAUCUGGAAAAUAAAGGGAAAGGCCACUCUUACCGACUUGACUACCACAGACACAAAUGUAUCGGCCUCGACUGGCCUCAGCAGCAGGUGGCGAAAAGACACCAUCGUCGAAGCCUUUGCAUCGCAGCGCAUCGUCAACCUCCAUUGAUCGUCUUUCGAAACCCUUCAAAUGUCCCAGUACUACUACGCCGACCCGAUCUUCAGACAAACCGGCAAGAAAACGACGGAAAGUGAACUACGCAGAAGCUGACGGAAGCGUUGAAGAUAAAAAUGAACGAUCCUGGAUGACCGAGGAGCGCCAAGCUCUCGCAGUGAGAGAUGCAAACAGAUUCCCGGUCUUCAAGGUUAAGGAUAAGGAGACUAUGUUCAAACAAAGAUUCAGGGUUCCGCUAGUCAAUAAGCUAGCAGCUGGAUAUGACGCUUCUAGACCAGCCCCGACUUUAGGCAUGAGACAAGGCACUGUAUUUAUAGUCAAGCCGUUGCAUGACCCUAGCGGGGAGUUUGCCAUAGUACUAUACGACCCGACAGUUGAUGACGUUGAUGAAACUCCCGAGCCGAAGAAGCAGGAUGAGGCAGAGAAGCAAGAAGACUCAACCCCAAAGCUAGAUGUACCUCUCGUUCACAGGAGCCUUGCAGAUAUCCUUGGGCUCAAGAAAAAAGUGGAAGCUCGUCCCAGGGUCCCGGUAGUCAUUGAUCCGAGGCUGGCGAAAGUCCUACGACCGCACCAAGUGGAAGGAGUUAAGUUCCUCUAUAAAUGCACGACUGGCUUGGUGGACAAGAACGCGAAUGGUUGCAUCAUGGCGGAUGAGAUGGGACUGGGCAAGACGCUUCAAUGCAUUACUUUGAUGUGGACACUUCUUAAGCAAUCCACAGAAGCUGGAAAGAGCACAAUCCAAAAGUGUGUGAUUGUCUGUCCGUCAAGUCUAGUUAGAAACUGGGCCAAUGAACUUGUCAAAUGGCUCGGAAAUGAUGCAAUAAUACCAUUUGCAGUGGAUGGUAAGGGCUCUAAGGCAGAGCUGACAUCCCAAUUGAAGCAAUGGGCCAUUGCCUCUGGACGAUCUAUUGUUAGACCAGUGCUCAUCGUUUCGUACGAAACGCUGCGGCUGAAUAUCGAUGCGCUUAAAGACAGUCCCAUUGGCUUGCUUCUUUGUGACGAGGGUCAUCGUCUAAAAAACAAGGACAGUCUGACUUGGACUGCUUUAAACAGCCUCAACGUCAGUCGCCGCGUCAUCCUUUCCGGCACGCCCAUUCAGAAUGACCUUUCUGAAUAUUUUGCACUCCUGCACUUUGCAAAUCCGAAUUUGCUUGGGUCACAGGGUGAAUUCCGUAAAAGAUUCGAACUUCCGAUUCUCCGAGGGCGAGAUGCCGCAGGAACAGAAGACGAUGUCAAAAAGGGCGAGGAGCGUUUGGCAGAACUAUCUGGUAUAGUCAACAAAUUUAUCAUACGUCGGACAAACGACAUCUUAUCAAAGUACUUGCCAGUCAAGUACGAACAUGUCGUCUUCUGCAAUCUGUCCGAAUUCCAGGUCAACUUAUAUAGACACUUUAUCGAAAGCCCGGAUAUCAAAAGUCUGCUCAGGGGGAAGGGAAGCCAACCGCUGAAGGCGAUAGGAAUAUUGAAGAAGCUCUGCAACCAUCCAGAUCUUCUCAACCUGUCGACCGACCUUCCAGGAUGUGAGCAUGCUUUCCCGGAAGACUAUGCACCGGUCGAGGCCAGGGGCCGUGACAGGGACGUCAAGACUUGGUAUUCAGGGAAGAUGAUGGUUCUCGACCGUAUGCUGGCUCGCAUACGACAAGACACAAAUGACAAAAUUGUCUUGAUUAGCAACUACACCCAAACUCUCGAUCUCUUUGAGAAACUCUGCAGGUCCCGAGGAUAUGGCAGUCUUCGACUGGACGGAACUAUGAACGUUAACAAACGACAAAAGCUUGUUGAUAAAUUCAAUGACCCCAACGGUGAAGAGUUUGUCUUUCUCCUCAGUAGCAAGGCCGGCGGAUGUGGUCUGAACUUGAUAGGAGCAAACCGCCUCGUGCUUUUUGAUCCCGACUGGAACCCAGCUGCUGACCAGCAAGCUUUGGCGCGAGUAUGGCGUGAUGGCCAAAAGAAAGACUGCUUCGUUUACCGUUUCAUUGCGACUGGAUCAAUUGAGGAGAAGAUCUUCCAACGCCAGUCCCAUAAACAGUCACUCUCUUCAUGCGUUGUCGAUUCUGCGGAAGACGUAGAGCGACACUUCUCCCUUGAGUCUCUCCGUGAACUUUUCCAAUUUAAACCUGACACCCUAAGUGAUACGCAUGAUACGUUCAAGUGCAAGAGAUGCAGACCUGACGGGACGCAAUACAUCAAAGCCCCCGCAAUGCUAUAUGGAGAUACUAGCUCUUGGAAUCAUUUUGUGAAUGAUGGUGAGAAUGGGCCACUUUGCAAGAUCCAAGACUUGCUGCUGCGACAAGAGACUGCAGAAAGGGACGUCUCUGCCGUUUUCCAGUAUAUCAGUCACUGAUUUCUUUGGCGUUAUGGCUUUGGAGCGCAUUUUUCUUAUGAUAGGAGUAUAGAAUAUUGGCGUCUUGAAGCAUGUUUUUGAUGUAUAUGCAGGAAUCAGUUACUCCUUAUUCAUUUUGUGUGUCUGGCUAUGAUACAUUAGAGACAUUAGAAAUAUGGAUCCUUUUGUCUGCUUCUUUAUGCUAAGAAGCUCACGCUGCC